UUCAUAUCUACGACAUAAUAAUAUCUUUUUAUUACCCCAGUUCCACAAUCUAGAAGUAAAGUCUACACGAUAUGCGGAUUUAGAAAACAGUUUUAAUGUGAAGGUCCUUAAUUACAGAGUACUAAUGGGGAAGCUGCGCAAAACUUUACUGCGCAAUAAUAUGAUCACGUGUUUCAGACGUUUUGCCUAGGUGCGCCAGAUAGAACUCUCUUUUCCUACAGCCCAUCGAGCCCCUGAACGCCUCAGCGUGACCAAUAUGGCGGCGCCCCAGUCCGGCACAUGCAACUUCUUCGUCCAGAAAAAGAACCGUUUCUGUAAGAUGGUGACCGGGAGAGGGAAACGCUUCUGCGGGGAGCACGCGACCAUGGAGGAGGGGAGCGCUGGGAGCAGGAGGAUCGCGUGUCCUCUUGACCCAAAACACACCGUGGCUGAAGACAAGCUGGAGAAACACCUAAAGAAAUGCAACUCUAGAGACAGACCCAAACCGGUUUAUUAUGUGGAGAACAUCAAUGCAGGUCAGGCUGAUGGAGACCAGAAGCUUCCACAGGUGACUCUAUCUGAGCUCAGCAGAGCAGCGUUGGAGUCUCUGGUGGAAAAACUAAAGAAAGCUGUUGAAGGUCUGCAGAGUGAUGUGGAGGAGAGAACCCUGUCCCAUCCCAUCCUCCAGGAAGAACUUGUUAACCCAAAGAACGGAGACUCCGCCCACAAACACCUGAAGCAGCAGGCCUCUAUCUUAGGUCACCUGCAGGAACUGGGGCUACUCAGAAGGGGGCGCUGCUUCGUGGAGUUCGGAGCGGGUCGAGGAAAAUUGUCCCACUGGAUUCACAGGGCCCUGAAGAACCCAGAACCCUGUCCAGACCAGAACACUGCCAAGGAUCCAGGGUCCUGUGAGGAUCUUCAGCUGCUGCUGGUGGAGCGGUCCAGCACCCGGUUCAAGGUGGAUGGGAAGAAUCAGGAUGAGGGCGUGCCAUUUGAGAGGCUGCAGGUGGAUAUUCAGCACUUGGAUCUGAGUAAAGUUCCUCUGCUGAGGAAGAAGGAGCUCCCAUUGGUUGGAGUUGGGAAGCAUCUCUGUGGAGCAGCGACAGAUCUGGCUCUCCGGUGCUUAUUGGAAAAACCCAGAAACGGUGAGGAUCCUGAACCUCCUCCAAAACGUCUGAAAGGGCCCAGAACAGAGGAUGACGCGGAGUCGGACCCACCUACCUCACAUUCGGGGCCUGGUACCAGUCUGGGUCCGGUGCUGGGCCUGGCGGUGGCGCUGUGCUGCCACCAUCGAUGUGAGUGGCGUCACUACGUGGGUCAGAACUUUUUCCUAGAGAGAGGACUCGGACCCGAGGAGUUCUCUGCCUUCUGCCGGAUGUCCAGCUGGGCCACAUGUGGGAUCAGACCGGCCAAUCAGAACUGCCCUUCAGAUGAUCCAACCAAUCAGAGGGGAGAGGAGGAGGAACACGAAGCAGCAGAGGAGGAGCAAACAGCGAGCGGGUUUUGGACAGCAGCUGAGCGGGAGCAGCUGGGUCGUCUCUGCAAAGUUCUGAUUGACAGCGGCAGGCGGGACUUCCUGAGGACCCAAGGAUUCAGCAGCAAACUGACCCGCUACGUAGAUCUGGCAGUGACUCUGGAGAACGUCUUACUGACAGCAGUACCCUCCUCCUGAUGUUCUGCUGGUCUGAGGUUCAGAUGGGCCGG